CGCGCUUCGAAGAUGGCGGCGCUGAGUGGCGGCGGUGGCAGCAGCAGCGGUGGCGGUGGCGGCGGCGGCGGCGGCGGUGGUGGCGGCGGCGGCGGCGGCGCCGAACAGGGACAGGCUCUGUUCAAUGGCGACAUGGAGCCGGAGGCCGGCGCUGGCGCCGCGGCCUCUUCGGCCGCGGACCCGGCCAUUCCUGAAGAGGUGUGGAAUAUCAAGCAAAUGAUUAAGUUGACACAGGAACAUAUAGAGGCCCUAUUGGACAAGUUUGGUGGGGAGCAUAACCCACCGUCAAUAUACCUGGAGGCCUAUGAAGAGUACACCAGCAAGCUAGAUGCCCUUCAGCAGAGAGAGCAGCAGCUGUUGGAAUCCCUGGGUAAUGGAGCAGACUUUUCUGUUUCUAGCUCUGCAUCAAUGGACACCGUUACAUCUUCCUCCUCUUCUAGCCUUUCAGUGCUACCGUCAUCUCUUUCAGUUUUUCAAACUCCCACAGAUGUAUCACGGAACAACCCCAAGUCACCACAGAAACCUAUCGUUCGUGUCUUCCUGCCCAACAAACAGAGGACAGUGGUGCCCGCAAGAUGUGGUGUAACGGUCCGAGACAGUCUAAAGAAAGCACUAAUGAUGAGGGGUCUCAUCCCAGAGUGCUGUGCUGUUUACAGAAUUCAGGACGGAGAGAAGAAACCAAUUGGCUGGGACACUGACAUUUCCUGGCUUACUGGAGAGGAGCUACAUGUUGAAGUACUAGAGAAUGUUCCUCUGACAACCCACAACUUCGUACGGAAAACUUUUUUCACCUUAGCAUUUUGUGACUUUUGCCGAAAGCUGCUUUUCCAGGGUUUCCGCUGUCAAACAUGUGGUUAUAAGUUUCACCAGCGUUGUAGUACAGAGGUUCCACUGAUGUGUGUUAAUUAUGACCAACUUGAUUUGCUGUUUGUCUCCAAGUUCUUUGAGCAUCACCCAGUACCACAGGAGGAGGCCUUCUCAGCAGAGACUACCCUUCCAUCUGGAUGCUCUUCCGCACCCCCCUCAGACUCUAUUGGGCCCCAAAUCCUCACCAGUCCAUCUCCUUCAAAAUCCAUUCCAAUUCCACAGCCCUUCCGGCCAGCAGAUGAAGAUCAUCGCAAUCAGUUUGGGCAACGAGACCGCUCCUCCUCCGCUCCCAAUGUUCAUAUAAACACAAUCGAACCUGUCAAUAUUGAUGAAAAAUUCCCAGAAGUGGAAUUACAGGAUCAAAGGGAUUUGAUUAGAGACCAGGGGUUUCGUGGGGAUGGAGGGUCAACCACAGGCUUGUCGGCCACCCCACCUGCCUCAUUACCUGGCUCACUCACUAACGUGAAAGCCUUACAGAAAUCUCCAGGACCUCAGCGGGAAAGGAAGUCCUCCUCCUCCUCCUCCUCCACGGAAGACAGAAGUCGGAUGAAAACACUUGGUAGAAGAGAUUCAAGUGAUGAUUGGGAGAUUCCUGAUGGACAGAUUACAGUGGGACAGAGAAUUGGAUCUGGGUCCUUUGGAACUGUCUACAAGGGAAAGUGGCAUGGCGACGUGGCAGUGAAAAUGCUGAAUGUGACAGCACCCACACCUCAGCAGUUACAGGCCUUCAAAAACGAAGUCGGAGUACUCAGGAAAACUCGACAUGUGAACAUCCUCCUUUUCAUGGGCUAUUCUACAAAGCCACAGCUGGCUAUUGUUACACAGUGGUGUGAAGGCUCCAGCUUAUAUCACCAUCUCCACAUCAUUGAGACCAAAUUUGAGAUGAUCAAACUUAUAGAUAUUGCACGGCAGACUGCACAGGGCAUGGAUUACUUACACGCCAAGUCAAUCAUCCACAGAGACCUCAAGAGUAAUAAUAUAUUUCUUCAUGAAGACCUCACGGUAAAAAUAGGUGACUUUGGUUUAGCCACAGUGAAGUCCCGAUGGAGUGGGUCCCAUCAGUUUGAACAGUUGUCUGGAUCUAUUUUGUGGAUGGCACCCGAAGUAAUCAGAAUGCAAGAUAAAAACCCAUAUAGCUUUCAGUCAGACGUGUAUGCAUUUGGGAUUGUUCUGUAUGAACUGAUGACUGGUCAGCUACCUUAUUCAAACAUCAACAACAGGGAUCAGAUAAUUUUUAUGGUGGGACGAGGAUACCUAUCUCCAGAUCUCAGUAAGGUACGGAGUAACUGUCCAAAAGCCAUGAAGAGAUUAAUGGCAGAGUGCCUCAAAAAGAAAAGAGACGAGAGACCACUCUUUCCCCAAAUUCUCGCCUCUAUUGAGCUGCUGGCCCGCUCAUUGCCAAAAAUUCACCGCAGUGCAUCAGAACCCUCCUUGAAUCGGGCUGGUUUCCAAACAGAAGAUUUUAGUCUGUAUGCUUGUGCUUCUCCAAAAACACCCAUCCAAGCAGGGGGAUAUGGUGGGUUUCCAGUCCACUGAAAAAAACUGAAUGAGUCAGACAUUAGAGUAAGGUAGCAACAAAAGCAAAUGAACAGUUAUCCUUACAUUUAAAUUAGAUAGGGUACUCUGAUAGUUAUAGGUGAGCCAAAGAGUGUUUAUGUUUAAAAACUUAGAAAUUGGGGUUGAGGAUUUAGCUCAGCGGUAGAGCACUUGCCUAGCAAGCGCAAGGCCCUGGGUUCGGUCCCCAGCUCCGGAAAAAAAGAAAAAAAAAAAAAAACUUAGAAAUUGCUUUCCAAAUCUUAAAAUUAUACUGAACACUGAAUUUUCAACAUCAAUGCAUAAAAAUGCACAAACACUGAUAAACAUUUUCAGUGCCCCUUCCAGAGGUCUUACUUCCUAUUCUGAGUGUUCCCAUCAUUGAGCUCAAGGUCUCCCUCAGUUUGCUCUUGCGGCUCUCGUUAUGAAUGGUCACUCGUCACAGGGACUCCAGAGGAAGGAAAGCUUCCCUUCCCUCUGCAUGUGUACAGGUGGGAAGUCCACAGUAGGCUAGCCUCUGUCUGUCCGCUGUGUGAACUGACAGAUAACAGAAGCACAGAAUCCCAGGCUUGGCCUUUAUACUUAAUUUCCUAUAGGCAUUGUUUUUUUUUUUUUUACUAGGGUUUAGAGUGUGUGGAAGUCCUUUAUUUCCUUGAAGCAAUAGAUCAUUUCUUUUAAUAAAUUGUGGAUGUGAGUGCCAAAAAUAUCACAGUGGCACAUUUGACUUGGGUAAAUGACUUAACAUUGGAUUUUAAUAGAGAAGUACAAGUUAAGACUCCUCUUAGGUGACAGUUAUGUUAAAGAUGCCGUACAUGUGUAAAAGUCGAAUUUCUUUUGCAGAUACCCUGCCCUUUAUUCUUAUUUCCUUCCCCAAAAGAAAACUUUACAAAAUUGCAAGGAUCUUUAGGGUGUUUACUUUUUGUUUUUGUUUUGCUUCUUUAGAUAAUUGGUUGCCAAACAAGCACGUAAUGAGCUUUAAGUGAUUGUAUUAGGUUAGCCUUACCUUUUUGGUGUACCCAGCAGUCACUUAGCCUUGUGUCUCAUAAACGUUCUCCCUGAUAGUCUCUGUCCAGGAAGAUCCCAUCCAUGGUGAAUAACUGAUACUCUCUUCUUGCAUUCCACAGUUUCAUGUACCUCUAAUGUUUACAUUUUUUAUGUAUAGAAAAUGAGUGUGUAACUGUGAUGGAGUAUAAUUUUCCUGUGACUUGGAAAAAAAUCUAAAAGCAGAAAAGUGGAAUCAUGUGGUCUUUAAAAAAAUGCUGCCAUCUCUAUGUCAUAGUCACCUAAAGACAAAGCCUGUUGAUAUUUAUUCAGGUUAGGCUUAUGAUAAUGCCUAGUACAACCCACAGCAAGCACCCUCAGCAGACAGGUCAUAUUGCAUACAUGCUAUCCUCCUUUGGAAACAAUAGAGCAGAAAAUCGGGAAAACUUUAAUGGUAAUUGAGUUUGUAAGUACCAUAGAUAAACUUAUGAAAUAUUCGCUUUACCUGUACUGCUAGAUUUCACAUAAGAAAACUGCAUGUUAGUUAUUAUGACUUACCUUUUGUCCCUAAUUUGGGUAAGUUACGAAUGCCAUUGUAAUCUUAUAUACUGAUUCAUGAUUCUAAAUAUAAGAGAACCUUUCUCAUAGUAAACAAAAACAAAACAAACAAAAAACACCAGCACAGUGCAAUUGGGGUGAUAAGUUCAGGGUCUGACUGGGCUACAUAAAGACCCUGUCUCAGAAAACUUCGGACUAGGGAAUACAGCUUAGUGGUAGAUGACUUUAUACAGUGUGCGAAUGUUUGCAUAGUAUUUGAUCACUGGCAUGGGAAAGGAAAUUAGGGAAAAGAGAUAACACAAUGUAAUAUAUUAGAAACCAUCAAAACUCAGGAUUUCUAAAUCUUUGGUGCCAUUAAGAUGAGUUUAUUGGUGGGUGGUGGUAUAUGUACCUAAUGAAGUUUUUACAACAUUUACUUGGUCCAUAGAAUACUCGAACAUUUUAAGCAUAUGAAAUACAGAACAUGGAGCAAUGUUUUUUAGUGGAGCUCCUUCUCUAACCCCCAGCAUACCUGUCUUACUAGUGUGUUCCUGUCUUUGUCCUUGUUUUUCUGCUCACCGCUGCUACCCUUCAUCCCUACUGGUAGUCUUCAUGACCCUCUCACACUUCAUCCUUCCCCUCCCUUCCUGACUUUCUCCUUUUCUCCUGUAUUAGCUCACCAGCAUUGGCAUUUCUAGGCUCUCUCAAGCUGCUCAGAAACUCACGUGCUGUCCCGCAGGCUCCCAAGCAUUACUCAUAGAGUGCAGAGUAAUUGAUUUCCCCUUCCCAUUUGGCUCACUGGGAAAGUGACCAAAAUGGAAGUGUAUUAAAAUAUGGGAGGUAAAAUUUGUAGGUAACAGCGAUACAAAGAAAUUGGAAGCACUAGAAUUAAAUUACUUUCCCUUUCUGUAUAUUUUUGUUAAGUGGUGCUAUUUUUGUUUUGAAUUAUUCCAGGCUGGUCUGGAACUUCAGGUUUUCCUACCAUUACCUGCCAAGUGCUGGGAUUACAAGUGGGAACCACUGUGCCUCACUGCCUUCUGUGGUCUUUUGGCUCAACAGUGCCUUUUAUUAGUUAAUCAUUAAAAAGAAUCCUUGAUAGAAAUAGUAUGACUCUUUGUAGCCCAGUUAGUUGUAUUCAGGUUAGGAAAGGAAAAUUUAAUUAGUAAAACCUGAUUAGAGAGCUGAGACUUUGGUAGUCCCAGCAUGAGGAAGAGAAAGAAGGUGGCAAGGUCAAGACCAUCUUGCUGAUCUGUCAGCAUACAAAGCUUAGGAUUCAGUCCACCAGUCGUUAGCAAUCUGCUAUAUAUGAGACAUGCCAACAUUCCCUAGCAACCAGUCCAAAUCUGAUAGAAAUUAAACACCGGAGAGGUUAUUACUAGAUAAUAGAAAAUCAAUGGUAAUAAUAUCCAGGACUCUAAGGCAGAAGUUGAUGAAUCUGAGGUCAUCUAUAUAGCAAGAUAUUCUUUAAAAUAAAAAAGUCGGUGACAGCACUUACAAAGACAAGUAGCUGGGACUAGCAACAUGACUCGGGGAUGGGGCUAGCACUCAGAGACAGAAGCAGGCAGAUCUCUGUAAAUUGAGGUCAGCCUUGUCUACAGAGCUAGUUCCAAAACAUCCAGUACCACAUAAGAGAACCCUAUCUUAAAAAAACAAAACAAACAGCAAAAUUAUUUAGUGCCAGGCAAGGUAACACACUCCUAUGAUCCCAGUACUGAAGCAGCAAAGUAGGAAGGUCACUGUGUGAGGCCUGCAAGGCUGUUUGUGACUUGACCUGCAGCCUGACCCCUACCUGUGACAGUUCCUGGAGCUUGUUGUUUUCUUGAUACAGCUGAACUGUUCUUUUGUGGAUUCUAGGGCUUGAGGGUUAAACCAGUGACUUACGUUACAAGGUUUGUGAUAGAUUUAACUGACCACCUUUCCAGUAAGAUCCAAAUAAGGCUUUUCUGUCUUGAAGUUCUUUCGAGAUAACUUUUUAAAAUCAGCUCUUGUCCUCCCUCUACAGGAGAAUUUGCAGCCUUCAAGUAGCCACUCCAUCAUGGCAGCAUCUACUCUUUAUUUCUUAAGUCUUGUGUUCAUACAAUUUGUUAACAUCAAAACACAGUUCUGUUCCUCAAAUUUUUUUUAAAGAUACAAAAUUUUCAAUGCAUAAGCUCGUGUGGAACAGAAUGGAAUUUCCUAUUCAACAAAAGAGGGAAGAAUGUUUUAGGAACCAGAAUUCUCUGCUGCCCGUGUUUCUUCUUCAACACAAAUAUCAUGUGCAUACAACUCUGCCCAUUCCCAAGAAGAAAGAGGAGAGACCCCGAAUUCUGCCCUUUUGGUGGUCAGGCAUGAUGGAAAGAAUUUGCUGCUGCAGCUUGGGAAAAAUUGCUAUGGAAAGUCUGCCAGUCAACUUUGCCCUUCUAACCACCAGAUCCAUUUGUGGCUGGUCAUCUGAUGGGGCGAUUUCAAUCACCAAGCAUCGUUCUUGCCUGUUGUGGGAUUAUGUCGUGGAGCACUUUCCCUAUCCACCACCGUUAAUUUCCGAGGGAUGGAGUAAAUGCAGCAUACCCUUUGUGUAGCACCUGUCCAGUCCUCAACCAAUGCUAUCACAGUGAAGCUCUUUAAAUUUAAGUGGUGGGUGAGUGUUGAGGAGAGACUGCCUUGGGGGCAGAGAAAAGGGGAUGCUGCAUCUUCUUCCUCACCUCCAGCUCUCUCACCUCGGGUUGCCUUGCACACUGGGCUCCGCCUAACCACUCGGGCUGGGCAGUGCUGGCACACAUUGCCGCCUUUUCUCAUUGGGUCCAGCAAUUGAGCAGAGGGUUGGGGGAUUGUUUCCUCCACAAUGUAGCAAAUUCUCAGGAAAAUACAGUCCAUAUCUUCCUCUCAGCUCUUCCAGUCACCAAAUACUUACGUGGCUCCUUUGUCCAGGACAUAAAACACCGUGGACAACACCUAAUUAAAAGCCUACAAAACUGCUUACUGACAGUUUUGAAUGUGAGACAUUUGUGUAAUUUAAAUGUAAGGUACAGGUCUUAAUUUCUUCUAUUAAGUUUCUUCUAUUUUUAUUUAAACGAAGAAAAUAAUUUUCAGGUUUAAUUGGAAUAAACGAAUACUUCCCAAAAGACUAUAUACCCUGAAAAUUAUAUUUUUGUUAAUUGUAAACAACUUUUAAAAAAUGGUUAUUAUCCUUUUCUCUACCUAAAAUUAUGGGAAAUCUUAGCAUAAUGACAAUUAUUUAUACUUUUUAAAUAAAUGGUACUUGCUGGAUCCACACUAACAUCUUUGCUAACAUUCCCAUUGUUUCUUCCAACUUCACUCCUACACUACAUCCUCCAUCCUCUUUCUAGUCUUUUAUCUAUAAUAUGCAACCUAAAAUAAAAGUGGUGGUGUCUCCAUUCAUUCUUCUUCUUCCUUUUUUCCCCAAGCCUGGUCUUCAAAAGGUUGGGUAAUUUAGUAGCUGAGUUCCCUAGGUAGAAAUAGAACUAUUAGGGACAUUGGGGUUGUAGGAAAGCGUGAGGCCUGUCACCAGUUGUUCUUAUAGAUCGCUAAGUCUUUGCACAGAUUAGAAGUACAGCCUAGCCACAGCUUCCCAUAGCCUUUACUCAAGGCGAUAGAAAGUCACUGUAGUUGUAAAGAAAAUAACUGCAUGUGUUAAUGGCCAGCACCUCUCCUAUCCAGGAAGCUUGAAUCUCCAGGAUUUAAAGAUGCAAAUUAAAGGAUAUGUACUUAGCAACUUCAAGUCAAGAACUUCAAAACACACACACACACACACACACACACACACACACACACACAUAUACUUUCAAAUCUAAAAUAAAAUGGAAUUUUGAGUUAUUUUUAAAUUUCAAAUUAUAAUUGAUACCACUAUGUGUUUAAGCGUACUCAGAGCAGUUAGAUGAAUUUUGCUAAACUCAUUGCCAGAUGGUGGUGAUAGUGGUGUGCGCCUUUAAUCCAAGCAACUCAGGAGGCAGAAGCAGGUGGAUCUCUGAAUACAAGGCCCACCUGGUCUGCAGAGUAGUUCCAGGACAAGACUACACACAAACAAAAACACUAUCUCGAAAAAAACAAAAUUAAUUAAUUGAUAAUAAAAAGUAAAAACUAAAAUGUCAUCAAAAGAAGACCUACUGAAAGUUUUAUAUAUUCCCAGUAAAUUAGAAAGUGUUCUGAAGUUAUUAAUCAGUUAACAACAGUGUGUUUUUAAGUCUUACAUAAAUAGAGAAAAGUCUUAAAUUUUUUCAAAGCUGAGAAGAUAUUGUGCUUGUUAUGAAAAAUAGCCUCUCCAUGUGAUGUGCCACACAGAAAGGCAUUGUUACCUUCCAAAUGCUUUUUGACAUGGCUUGGCUCCCCUUAUCCAGGAUCAGGUAGAAAGAGCUAGGUUUGGCACAGAUACACAUUUAGGUCUUGCUGAGUAGUGAGAGCCUUCAAGGGUUGCCAUGUUGGAGGCCACCUCGGUGCUGGAGGACAGGGCCAGCACUUAGAGAGGGAACUUAGCAUGUGAGUGGUCCAGACAAAAUGUAAAGGGACAGACUUCCUCCUUCCUCUCAUUUCAGUAGAGGGUGACGUCUCACUUGAAAAGGGAAAGCAGAGUUGAUACUAAAUGAAGCUGUGCCCAGAAACCAGGCUCAGGGUAUGGAGAGGGUUGGUUUUGUUUUGUUUUGUUUUUUAAAUAGAGACUAUAAAAGAUAGAAAUUAAUAUUUAAACCUUAUUUCCUAUCAAAUAGUUUAUUUCUUAUCGUUUACAAACAACAUAAAAAGAGUUUCUUUUGUGGGUUUUAUUGGUUUUGGUUUUAGACUGCAGAUAAUCUUAUUGAGCUCCUAAGAAAAUACAAGGAAGUCUUGGUCCUUGUUUGUGCAGAGCACUUUAUGGGUGACUGUAUAGACAGAAUGUGGCUGCUUCACUCCUGGAAGGCUACAGCUGCCAGGCCUUGAAGUGCCUGCAGUGCCUCCUGACAUCUGUUUUGUUUAGAGUGAAGUCUUUGAAAGGUUUGAGUAUAACUAUAUAGAACUGUUUCUAUUUAAAUAAAUAGUAUUCCUGAUGGGCUUUUUCACUAUUCAGCUACAGGACCCAAACUCUACUACUGAGAUAUUAUUAACCUCAAAAUGUAGUUUAGUUUAUAGAAGGAAUUUGCAAAUAGAAUAUCCAGUGUGAUAGCAUCUGUACUUAAGUGCAUCUUCAACGAAGAUUCUCUGUAACUUGUCAGAUUCUGGCUCCUGAACAGCCCAUUUCUAUAUUUGAGGUUGGGAAAGGCAUGAGGAAACAUGCUAAAGACAGUGGGAUACAGACUGUGUGCUAGAUUGAUGAUGGUAUUCUGUAAAGAUGUGGUUUAAGACUUAAGCACUGUCAACCAGAAACCUUGUAGAGACUUCCUGUCUUGGUGCAGCCCCGCCCCUUUUAUCACGUGAUGUCUUGUGCUUGUCAGGCACUGUCAGAGCUGCUGUUCAUCCCUCUGUAGAUCUCACCUGUCCCUCUGCACACCCACCUCCAGCCUUUUGCAAACCUCAGCGUCUAGCUUUAGUUGGAAACACAGUUCAGGGUUCAGGUGACCUCUUCAAAAAAACUACCUCCUCAGAAUGAGGUAAUGAAUAGUUAUUUAUCUUAGAGUAUGAAAAGUCAGGAGCUCUAGAACAUGAAGGUGAUUUACAAUUUUAACUUUUAUGUGUACUUGUCGUUGAGCACUCGUUUUUGUCCUAAAGGGCAUUAUACAUUUAAGCAGUGAUACUGUUAGUAUCUGUUGUUGGAAUUGGUGCCAGAGACUGCCCAGCUAAGAGGGUAGAAGAAUACCCUUUUUUCCUAAGAUUCUCUUCUUUGUCCAUGUUGGCACUGUUAGUACUAAUAUAUCAGCACCUUGGCCAGCAGAUGUCAACCAAUAAGCUGUUUAUAAAACCACAGCCGGAGGAGACAUGGGGAGCUCACUGAGUACACAUGGGGAGCUCACUCUGAGUAGAGACAGCAGGAAGCUUACAGGAGUGAAGCAGUGUAGGGAGGCUCUAGAAAAAUAUCGUGACAAUUUGCCAAAUGUUCUUACUGUGCCUUCAUGAUGCAAUAAAAAAGCUAGCAUUUUAGCAGAAAUCAGUGAUUUGUGAAGAGAAUGGCCAGUCUGGUUUAACUCAGCUGUGAUAAUAUUUUUUAGAGUGCAGUGCAAUUUAGACUGGGAAGAAAAAUGCACUAAAGAAUUUAUAGCCAAUUCACAUUUAAAAAAAAUAAGAAAAUGGUAAAUUUUCAGUGAAAUAUUUUUUUAAAGCACAUAACCCCUAGUAUAGCCAGAAAUAUUUACCACAUAGAGCAACUAGACUGAAAAUACAGUUAAGUGACAUUUCUAGAGAAACUUUUUCUACUCCCAUAGGCUCUUCAAAGCAUGGAACUUUUAUAUAAAAUGUUUGACCUUUUAAGAUGCUGCUGUAGUUUAGUUUUGAAAUAGUGUGUGCUGGGCAGCAACCGUGUACUAACUCAAUGAGAAAAAGACAAGUGUGGAUCUGAUCUGUUUUCAGAGAAAUGCUGCCAACCUAGACACUGAGCUUUCAGAGCGUCAAGUGUGAACUUGCCUCCCAAGUCCUGUUUGCAAAUGGAGUUGGCUAGUGCUGUUGACUGCUCUGGUGCAUGAUGGAAGGCAGGGGUGUCCCUCAAGUGUCUUUAUACAGGGACGUUGGAAUGUGAGAGACCUGGCAGUGUGUGGACGCUGGACACUCCAUGCUAUGGCACUUGCAUCUCUGUCCUCACCAUCCCCAAGGAACUCCGUGUGCUUUCCCCAGUUAUCCUUCAGCUGUUUCCCUCAGACACCAAGGUGAAUUACUAAUGCCAGAAGCAGCUGAAAGGGCCAGCAUAUUUGUGUGGUGGACCAGUUCAUGGGACAAUAACUUCAAUAGUUUCAGAUAACUUAUUUUUACUUCCAUUUUGACAGAGACAUUUAAAUGGAAACUUAGUCCUAACUUUUGUCAUUUGAAAGGAAAAAUUAACAGUUCCUAUAAGGUACUUUUGAGAUAGAAUCUGACGUCCUCAUUUUUUUUCUUUUCACUGGGCUUGCACCAAGGGCCUUGUAUGCACUAGGCAAGGGUUCUACCACUAAGCCACAUUUCCCAGUAUAAAAUGUUAACAGUUAAAACAUACACACACAAUCGUAAAUACACAAACAUUAACACCUUAGUAAAGUGAGAAGUGUGGGUCCUUUCAGUCUCCACCAUUCCAACUGUCCCUUUUAUGAAUUACUCAGUAUCACUAAACCGUUUACUUUAUUUACCUGGUUUGACUAACUGCAGCUAUAUAACCAGUUGUGCAUGAGGACAACAGCCAGUGUGUUGGUUUUUUUGUUUUUUUUUUUUUUUUUUUUUUUGUGGUGCAUUUUUUGUAAAGAAUUCUGUAGAUUGAAGUGCUCUUUGAAAACAGAACUGAAAUAUAUUUAUUCUUGUUAGUAUCAAAAAACAUUUUGUGCAAAUCAUUUGCUUUUCCUGGCAGGCUGAGUACAUUAUCCAGCACCCACAAUUGCUGGUUCCCAUCUCCAGUGUACAUAGGGGAGACAGACAUGAAGGCUGUGUUUACAGAGCUGGAAUGGGGGUUGUGAGUGAGUUACAUAGUUCUAUUGUUGCCUUGGAAAUCACUGUUAUUUUAAGACUGUUGAACCCAUGUGUGUUUGGCUGGGCUGUGAGUUACAUGAAGAAACUGCAAGCUAGCUUAAGCAGACAAAGCUCACAGACUGGGCACAAAUGGAAGAAAAUGGACCAAAAUAAGGCAGGGUGACACUUAAAUCUAGGGCCUCAGAGAAAACUGAAGGAGGGAGAUUAGCUGUAAUCACCGGAAUACAAUGCAAGAGUGCAAUAAUGUGCUUAUUCUAAGCUGUGAACUUUUUAAACCAUUCCUUUCUAAUGCGUUUAUGUGUGUUCCGUUGCUGACUAGGACCAGCUUUGUGAGCAUAUGCCUUCUUAGUUAACUUCCAGUCUAAGUAGCUAGCCUUGAUGUCUUAUUUAUCUUCAUUUUGUAUUAGUUUACAUACCAGGUGUGUGUGUGUGUGUGUGUUUGUGUGUGUGUGUGUGUUUGUGUGUGUGUGUGUGUGUGUGUGUGUGUGUGUGUGUGUGUGUGUGUGUGUGUGCGCGCGCGCGCUGUACUCUUCCUCGCUUUAUUUGAAAACACUUUUCACUGGGUCAUCUCCUUGGCCAUUCCACAAUACAACUUUGGCUUGGCUUUCACUGUCACCUUAUGUAACGGAUUGUGUCCUGGUACCAGAAUUUAUGGUGUUCCCAUUGUUGGGUGUCCUUCUGACACUUUGCUUCUACAGCACUUGCCUCUCCUAAGAUAGUCAGUCACACAACUAACUCAUCAGGGGAUGGACUUCACCAUUCAUCAUGUCUCCUCAUUUCUAGUAAAUAGACCAGUCUUGGGCUUUAGACCAGGGAAAAAGAGAACUCUGAGCAUCUACCAAGCCUCACCCUAAAAGGUCUGAGGGCAAGUCUCCAGUGAGGGAGAGGGGAGGAAAUGCUUCAUGUUUGAACUGCAGUGAAUUACUAUGGCUCCUGUUUCACCACCGGAACCCAUGGCAACUCAUACAUUCCUCUUGUCUAUAACUGCCAAAGGUUGGGUUUAUGUCACUUCAGUUCCACUCAAGCAUUGAAAAGGUUCUCAUGGAGUCUGGGGUGUGCCCAGGGAAAAGAUGGGGACUUUUUCAUUAUCCACAGACCUCUCUAUACCUGCUUUGCAAAAAUUAUAAUGGAGUAACUAUUUUUAAAGCUUAUUUUUCAAUUCAUAAGAAAAAGACAUUUAUUUUCAAUCAAAUGGAUGAUGUCUCUUAUCCCUUAUUCCUCAAUGUUUGCUUGGAUUUUUUUCUUCCCUAUACCUACUUCCUAAUUCUUUAGUUCUUACCUGCUCAGGUCCCUUCAUUUGUACUCUGGAGUUUUUCUCAUGUAAAUUUGUAUAAUGGAAAAUAUUGUUCAGUUUGGAUAGAAAGCAUGGAGAAUUAAAUAAAAAAAGAUAGCUGAAAAUCAAAUUGAAGAAAUUUAUUUCUGUGUAAAGUUAUUUAAAAACUCUGUAUUAUAAAAAAAAAAAGGCCCCCAAAAAAGUGCUAUGUAAUUGAUGUGAAUAUGCGAAUACUGCUAUAAUAAAGAUUGACUGCAUGGAGAAA